UCCAUAUUAUUAAUUUAGGCUGGUUCACUACUCUUUCGUAUUUCGUAUAUACCAUACUAACAUACUUUCGUUUGACGCAUCUUAAUAAUACUUUGAAAAGUACACCUCCUGUCCGUUAGGUGGCGCUAAAGCUUCACGAGACAACAUGGCUGGACUCGAAAUGAAAACCAGGAAGUAACUUCUUCUCUGCUUGGAAAGAUGGAGCAAACUACAAUUGAGCAAAAGACAUUUGCUUGCCAGUUGUGUGGUUUAAGUAGCCCUUUUACUUACUACGGCCAGAAACCACCAAACACCAGAGCCAUUGUGUUGCUUGAGGAGUGUUUUGUGACCCAGGACCCCUUCAGUCCGGACAAGGAAAAGUUUCUCGUUUUGGGCUCGACCUGCAGCCUGUGUAGCAUGUGUGUCUGUGUUGGAUCGGACUGCAGUCUUUUCUACACCAAGAGGUUCUGCAUGCAAUGUGUGAACAAGCACUUGGACCAGUUCCCCCAUCAGAUCCAGGCCGAGCUGGCCAAGAAGAAACACAGCUCCAAGGCUGCCGUCUCGUGACAUCGAACAAGAGGUCAAUAACAUGUGCACCAAUAGACGGUCAUUUAAGAGACCCAAAUGUGUCAAGGUGCUUUACCAGGACUCUUUUUAUCAAACCCAUAAUGAAUGACACCACAAAAACACCAUAUGAAGAAUCAAAACAUCCUGUAAUUUCGCGUAGCUUUUUAUUUUGGUGGAACGAUCAGAACAAUACUAGUUUAUAGUUGUGUCCAGUAAAGUAAGGCUGCCGUAUUAGUCUACAGGGUGUUUUAUUUAUUAGUUUUUGAGGGUUUUAUAGAAGCAAGUAACAGGUGUGACUAGUUUUACUGGACCCCUGAUGGAUUGUGGUUGCAGGCUUAGAAUCACCUGCUGGUUUGCAGGCAAUUAAAAAUGGCUCCCUAUUAAGAAAUCUGAUGUCAUGUACUGCAUGUGCAUAAUUGCGCAAAUUGUUCUGUUAAAAAAAAGGUUUUAAUUAUCGCUAAUAUCAGAUCACUCAUUUCUAUCAUAGUCAAUUUGCCCAUUGCUUGUUCAGCCCAAUUCAGCAAUUCAUCUUUUUAAGCUUUACAAACUGUUAAACACUAUUAUUUAUCAUUUCUUGUUUUGAAUGACUCAGGAGAAGAUGAAGUAAUAGCAUCUCCUAAAACUAGUUGCUGGGCAGAUUAUAACGCAGGACUCAUGUCUCCACUGCUCUUGCGAUGUACGAAAAUGAAUAAGUUGCCUACGAUUCCUCUUUGUACUUUACAUGAUUUAUGCCUGUUUUUCAAUGUUUUAAUGGCCAUUUUUAAAAAUGAGAAAACAAAUUUGUAUUACUUUUCAGUAACUUCAGUGACUUAUUAUCUCUAAUUAUGGGCACGUUUGGACAUUACAUUACAGUUCAUUUAGCUGACUCUUUUGUCCAAAGCGAUGUACAAAAAGUGCAAACAUGACGCAUCUUUUUUACGAGUGCAUCCCUGUUAUCCCUCAUCUCUGCGUCCACGGUCCAAGGGUGCACUGUUGACUUCUGUGGAGUCAAAUGUUUUUCUGUCUUAUCUCAAACUAUAAAGAAGAUACGUACAGUGA